UCUCACCCUUAGGUGAUAAAAUCUUGGAAUGUUUCUUGGCGUCCAUAUAAGGGGUACAUCCAAGGUAGUGACUGAUUGCUUGGGCGCAGGCUUCGCCCAACAGAUGCUCAGCAUUGCAGCCUUACGUAGUGUCCUCCUGAGACUGGUCUGAGCUGGCACAAAAGCCACAUUCCAGCGCCGCUGGCAAAAUCAGACUCACUGAGCAAAAGCUUCCCAUCUAUUACCCAUUUGUCUUGUUGUUAGCUGGAAGAGGAACCAUCUGCGUCAAAUAUGGCGGACACGGCACGGCAAAUGUUCAACGAGGAGCAAAUUGCAGAGUUCAAGAUGGCGUUUGACAUGUUUGACGCUGACGGAGGCGGUGACAUCAGUACCAGGGAGCUGGGCACCAUCAUGAAGAAGCUGGGACUGAAUGUGUCACGUGACCAGCUGCAGGAUAUGAUAGACGAGGUCGAUGUAGACGCAAGUGGCACGAUCGACUUCGAGGAGUUCCUGGAGAUGAUGGCUAAGAUCAUGAAAGAGGAGAAGUCUGAACUUCCUGACGAUGAGAUUCGGGCUGUUUUCCAAGUCUUCGAUACCAACAAAGACGGUUUCAUUUCGGGAAGAGAAUUUAAGGAUUACCUGGACGACAUGGGCGAGGAUUUGACAGAGGAGGAAAUGGAGGAGAUUCUGGAUGAGUGUGACACGAACAGGGACGGCAGGCUGGAUCUGGACGAAUUCCGAGAGAUGCUGGUGACAUUUAACAUCCGGUGGUGAAUGCUGGGAGACGUAGAGUCCCAUGGGGCGAGAAGUCAUAAUAGUCUUUCUACUCAGUAACAUCUGAACAGUUCUGUAAACAUCUGAACAGUUCUGUAAACAUCUGAACAGUUCUGUAAACAUCUAAACAGUUCUGUAAACAUCUAAACAGUUCUGUAAACAUCUAAACAGUUCUGUAAACAUCUAAACAAUUCUGUAAACAUCUAAACAGUUCUGUAAACAUCUAAACAGUUCUGUAAACAUCUGAAACGACCGUAUGUCAUUCAAACGACUCAGAUAAAGAUGUUGACCGAGUGUGGACAAACUUGUAAGCCAUACGCUUCUUGCUAGUGAACAUUUAGUGUUAAGAUUUUCAUCAGUCACAUAAUGACAAUGCAAACAAUACACGUCAAACCUGGUGGAAGACGAAACACAUUUUAUGUCAAACUGUUCGUUCGUUCUACGAUCACGAAAGAAAAGAGCUGUUUGAAGAGACCACCAAAUUCCACCCAGAUUUCAUCACAUUUACUGACUUAAAAGUAAACAGUUCUCCUUCUAACAUCACAAAACCCACACAUAAUAGAAAAGGUGGAAUGUUUUGUCUUCCACUGGCUCUGAAAAAGUAGUCGAACCCAAUAACACAGAAUCUAAAGUUAGCUUUUAAACUAGAGUAAACAUCUUUGAUAUUGUUUUUAACAUUGUUUGAAUCUCUCAUUUUACCUGCAAUUAUCCCACGGGCAUGGAUUUGCAAUAAACUUUAUCAUUAUUUCAGACAUGCACGACAAUCUAGCUUGAUCAUACUAUAUUCACAGAUGCUUUUUCAUAUUUCACAACUCUAUUCUACGAUGAUGACCAAAUGUUGAUAGUUUUAUACUAGAAUCUAGUUAGAUAAUGAGAGCUCGAUGGAGGAUAGCCUGAAAUAAAGUUGAAUGGCUGAAGACCACAGUCAUGUAGAUGCAAGGCGUGCAAACUUGGGUGGAUUUCUCGUACUUUGUUAGCCUGGGUACUAUUCCUAUUUCUAUCGGGGCUCCUUGCACUAGCUGACCUAGUACCCCGGUAGGCAUAGGUUGGUACACAGGCACUCGAGCCCCGGUAGAAAUAGGAUGGGACCCAGGCUAGGUCGAUCUUCCAUGCAUGUGUUACUAAGAGGCCUAUAUCACCAUAUAUGUUAAUGUAUCUGAUAUCUCUUUAGGCUGUAUAACAUUGACAAUGUCAACAAUGAGUGUAGAAUUGCACCAUAUCAUAAAUAUUGACACUACUCUAGUUUUACUCUUCAUUGUGUAAUUUUUUUUUAUCGGAGCUCAUAACGAACAAUUGAAUAAGAACCAUGUUCAUAACCUCCCUGUUAGUAUGUUUUAGAAAGACUAGCCGUUAAGAUGAAACAGCUGAUGUCGGCAAAAUAAAGACAACAGGACAAGUUCAA